AUGUCAUCCGAAAAGCUAAAAGUUAAAAAUGGACUACAAGACUAUAUCUCCUUAAUUCUUUUGUUCGUCAUUAAUUUGCUCAAUUACAUGGAUCGAUUUACAGUUGCAGGCGUCUUGACACAAGUUCAAACAUUUUUUUCCAUUGAUGAUACCGGAACAGGUUUACUACAAACAGUAUUUAUUAUAUUUUAUAUAGCAGUUGCACCGCUAUGUGGCUUUCUCGGCGAUCGAUAUCAUCGUAAAUGGAUAAUGAUCAUUGGUAUAGCAACAUGGAUUCUUGCUGUUAUAGCAUCAUCAUUUGUACCUGCUAAUCUGUUUUGGUUAUUUCUAUUAUUACGGGGUGUUGUUGGUAUUGGUGAAGCAUCAUAUGGGACAAUUGCACCAACAAUAAUUGCUGAUAUAUUUUCAACAUCGGUGCGCAGUCGGGCAAUCAUGUUUUUUUAUUUCGCUAUACCAGUUGGAAGUGGUAUGGGUUAUAUCGUAUCGUCAAGUGUUUCAUCGUUACUGGGUGGUUGGCAGUGGGGUCUCCGAGUGACACCAUUUCUUGGCGUUUUAUGCAUCUUGUUUAUCAUCAUAGUCAUAAAAGAACCGAAACGUGGCGAAGCCGAAAAUAUUGUUGCUAACAGUUCACAGAAAACGUCAUAUUGGGAAGAUAUCAAAGCAAUUUGUAAAAUUCCAACCUAUAUUAGUGCAACACUUGCCUAUACAUCAGUAAUAUUUGCAACGGGCACAUUAUCAUGGUGGGGACCGGCAGCCAUUGAGUAUUCCAUUGCUAUGAGACUGAAUCUGAAUAAUACUCAUCAGCUCAGCAGUGAACAAAAAAAUAGUGUAUCACUCAGUUUUGGUAUAAUAACAGUAGUUGGUGGGAUUUUGGGUGUUUCAAGUGGUACAAUGUUGUCACAGUUUUGGUCACACGGUAAAUGGUGCUGUAAGCCUAUUAGAACAAUUCGCUCCAAUGCUUUGGUAUGCGCUAUUGGAUCUGUUCUUGCAGUACCAUUUCUUUUUAUGGGCCUUCAUUUAUGCACAACAAAUAUUAGUCUUGCUUGGGUCUUCAUCUUUUUAACAGUCGUAUCAUUGUGCUUAAAUUGGGCCAUAAUCGUUGACUUGCUUUUUGAUAUAAUAGUACCGCAGCGACGAUCGAUUGCAAAUUCAUGGCAAAUCCUUAUAUCACAUUUAUUUGGUGAUGCUUCUGGACCAUAUAUUGUUGGUUUGAUAUCCGAUUGGAUACGAGGCUCCGAUAGUACUCCAGCAGCGCGUUUUAAGUCAUUAACUAAAGCAUUUUACGUACCUAAUACUAUAUUAAUUAUCAGCGUUUUGCUAUUCGUUAAUGCCGCAGCAUCCUUCGUUCAUGAUCGGAACAGAUUUUUGCAGCAAAUAGGUUAUUAUUCAAAAUAUGAUCGUUCGAGUGCCAUAUAUAAUGGUAGUGAGGUAAAUAUUGGAAAUGGUGCCAUAGAUAAUGCACUCAAAUAA